UCCAUACUAGUUGAUUGAUUUAUCAAUUUUCCAGGAUGUAUUGUAUUUUCAAUACAUGGGGCUCUUUGCCAUCUGAAGCAAACAGAACAGUGAUCAUUUUACAUGAUAUAUGGAAUAAGUAUGUCGAGAAAAGAGGGAUAGAUAGAAAGCUGUUGUAUCUACAGUUCAUUUCUAUGAGGUUUUUGACCUGCAAAUUGAAAUUUACAGCAUAUGGAUUUUUCCCUUUAGAUUGGUCAUUUCUACACACGAUUGUGGCUUCGGCGACAACUUAUAUCAUAAUACUGGUCCAACUGAAGAAAUGAAGUACCUAUUUUUGCAACGGAUCUGUAAAAUUUUGCUUAUAUUCAUUCAUAUAUGAACUAUAAUAUAUUUAAGUCAAGUGUUCUCAAUCACAUUAGAUGGUUUGAAAUAUA